AUGCGCCAUGCUUCAGACAGACCUGCCAACUUCAGACAGACGGUGAGUCAUCCUUCGCUCAUAAAUCACAAAUUAUCGGAGCAACUUGACAAUACACAGCCUUAUCCCUCGUUAAAAAGGGCUAGGAGCUUAUUCGCUAAGAGAAGUACUCUUGUUAUGGCCUUUUGGUAUGGUAAAUCGAUGCUACAAUUUCCUCAAUCCGUUGGGGGCCCACUCUGGGGGGCCCUCUGGGGGCCCUGUAUCGAGGGCCUUUUCGGGGUCAAUACCCCGCAGCGAAUCGACGGGUUGAUAGUUGUGCGUUCCACUUGUGGCUUUGCUGCCGAACUCGUUGCGUUUCAGCACGAGUUUCGCCAUCAUUCGAACAUUGGCGUCUGCCUUUUCUUUCCUUCCUCCCAUGUGAAGCCUGAUUUUUCUACUCGGAUAGGUAAAGAACUCGCCAUUGUUGAGUACAACCUCAUGCAGCUGAGAGGAUAUACAGCACUGAGCGGGAGGUGGGGUAGACAACAGCGAGUAGAGAAAAUAAGAAAACCAGCAGUUUUCUUGCGCAACACCCGGGAUUCCGUGGCGUUGCUUUCGCGGUGUUUCUCGCAGUCGUUGCAACACAAACCCUCUGGGCAAAUAGUUGCGGCCUUGCGCCCACAGUUGUCUGCAUCAACUGAUGCUUCCACUGUAGCCUUUUCUUCCCCCUUCUCCGCCCCCGUCACUCACUACGCAAAUCUGCAGUGCCUGCAGACCUCGGAGCCCGUAUGUAGCAUUCACCCUCUGGAGCAAUUGCUGCGCAGUGAGGGCCCCCACGAGCCAUGGCUCCCCUUGCUGCAGGAGACCUGCAGGGGUCUCCCAAUUCCCAAACAACGCGCGUGGGGGGGCUCUUACAGGGAAAUAGUCAUAAAGACUUUGCCGCGUCCUCUACGGCUUGAGCUAACGGAAACAGCACAGGAGGGGGUUCCAACAGCAGCUGCCGCAGUGGGAGCGGAGGAGGGAUUUGGGGCAGUAUCAGGGUCUCUUGUUCAGCGAGAAUCCGCCUCCGCUGUGCAUGCAGGUGCCAUACCGCAGGAAGUCCUUCUGGGCUUGUCAAGAGGUGCAAAGAUCACGCAUCUGCUGCCGGUGCAGCAAGUCGCGCUGCCGCUGCUGCUGCAUCCCCAGAUAGAUGUGUUGCUUGCAGGGCCGGCACGAACCGGUAAAUCCGUUGCAGCAGCACUGGCACUUGUCUGCCACCUAAUAGAAGCCAUAGACGGCCAGUAUACCUCUUCGCCGAGCUCCCUCAGAGCGUCAGAAGGCCUCAGAGGGGGCCUUGGGGCGAGGGGGAGGGCCGCUGGGGUCCCGGAGGUGGCGUCAUUGGAGUGUAUACGUGCUCUGUUCAUAACUCCAACACGAGAUAUGGCGGUACAGACGCGGAAUUUGUUGCAGGCAUUGGGUCGCUACAGCGGGUUGCGCGUGGAAGUGUUGGUGGGGAGAGGCCCCGGUGAAGGGGGGUCUGGGAGGGCCCCUUGGGAGUGGUUUGAGGCUCUGUUGCAUGCGCAGCCUCAUGUGGUUGUCUGUACUCCUGGAAAGAUGGAGGAGUUCGUUUCCUUUAUGCUUGCUGCGAAUUACAAGGGCUUAAAGAUACCUUGCACUAGACCUCAGGCCGAUACACCUCACAUGCUAUCGAAUUGCAAAUUUUUCAUUAUUGAAGACGCACCUCUGCAGCUGCAAGAGCCUUCCAUGAUGACAGCCCUGGCGAAAAUGAAGGAGCUAUUACCAGUGGCUCAUAAGUCUAUUCUGCUCUCCAGCAGUUUGUCGUGGGAAGUUCGUGGAAGUGCCUCGCGGCUGAUGAAUCUUAACUCCUUCUGUCUAAACGCAGUCGAGUACUGCGAAGCCCUCACAGCUGCUCGCUUGAUACCGCCCCUGCUCCCUCUAUCAACGGAAGCAGGCAGCACCAAUUCUGCCCAACAGCGUAGCAGCAACUGGACCUCUGCUGCGCUCAACGAACAGACAGUAAAUACUGUAGAGGCUUCAGGGAGUGCGCAAGGGCCCCCCUGGCUCCUCACAAGUGGGAAAGUGGGGUCCCCCACAGAAGAAGAAUGUAGUUUUCCUGAUAUGCCUGCACCUGAGGCUCUCAAUUCCAAGAACUCUCCUCUCAGACCUCCCCUAGCUGGGGGGCCCUGUUCAGAGGGGCCCAUGGGUUCUUGCAAAAUCUUAGGUGGCCGUGCGAAUUCGGGAGGCAUUUUGCAUUUGGCACACCCGCAUGCAUUGUGGGGCCCCAAACGCAGUGAGGAGUUUAUUCGUAAGAAGAAGUUCCAGUUGGGGUUUGGAGACUCCUUGCGUUUCCCUGUAGUGGGGUGUCAGGAGCCAGAGGCACUUGAGGGCAUGGGGAGACGGGUGAUUGUUAGGGAGGGGUCCAACCGUUCACCAGAAGAGUUCGUGUUGUACCCGCCGGAGCUGCACGCACAUUUCCUGUUUAAUGCCUUUGCAAGAGAAGCGGCUGCUGCACAAUCCAAUGCACGUGCAGCUGAAGAGAGGGGCCUCGAAGCCGCCUCUCGAAGGGUUUUUGUCUUCUUUAACAGCGCCAGAAGUCUCCAGUUUCACUACGCGUUCUUCAAGCAUUACCUUUUCCCGAAUGUGAACAAAAUCCUUGCUGCACAGCAGCUGCAAAAGACAGGCGAGAGGCAGCUUUGUAGCACCAACAAUGCAAUUAACAAUAGCAGCAACAGGGGCAGCAGCAGUGGCAGAAGCAGCAACAGCAACAGCGGCAGCAGCGUCAGCAGUGUUGUUGAUGCGGCAUGCUUUGGAGUGUUAGAGGAGAGGGCCUGGUGGCCUGUGGGUGCCCCUCUUCCUCAUUUCUUUGCCCUACACAGCCGUUUGUCAGGAGAGAAGAGGAGAGCAGUCGUCGACGCUGUUGCUUCUGAGACACCUGAAUUCAUAGGUGGAAAACAGCAGACGAGACACAAAGCUCUGAAAAUUCUAUUUUGUACUGAUGUGGCGGCUGUGGGAGUGCAGCUCGGAUCCCCAUCUCUUCUCCUGCAGGUUGGGGCCCCCAAAGACACGGAUCUUUACGUCCAGCGGGUUGUAAGGGCCCCCAGGUGGAGAAUUCGCUGGCAAGGGCGCAAGCUUUUGGCUCUCAGUGACUUAGACGGGCAUUUCUUGUUUGAAGCAUAUAAGGAGGGUCUUCCGCUCCAGGAGUUGUCUGCUGCUGAGACGUUACAGCUGCUGCAGCCUAAUCCGUUGCUUGCUGCUGCCAUGGGUGCCGAUGAGGGGGUCCAAUCAUACAGACAAGCUGCUAACCGCCUCGCCGCUGCUCUUUCGGCAGCGCACACAAGCAGCAACGAGCAUCAUGCUGCUGGUGCUGGAGCUCCUGUUGCUGAUUCUGAUGCGGCAGCCUGUGCUGCCGAUGUUGCAGCUCCUGCAGCUGCCACUUCAGCUCCUGCUUCUGCUGGUGCUUCAACUGCAGAGACAGGCACAUUUUCUGUUGCAGAUACUGCUCCUGCCGGCGCUUCUGUGGCGGCGCAUGCAUCAGAAACUGCUGCAGUUCCUGUUGCGGCGGCAGCUACCACCGCAGAUCUCCGGAGGCCUCCUGUUCCUUGCGAAGGGGAGAAGACGUGUACCAGUGAUUCGCAUUUGUCCAAACACUCUUUGGUUGCAAGUACCUCACAGAACUCGCCAGAUAGCUUUUGCGGGAGGGAAAACGGGGACCAAAUACCCCACGAGAGGGUUAGCGGGGGUUCCCUAAUGACGGCGGUGGGCCCCUUGGUGGGCCACCGUCCUGUUUGGGAAGAUAAGGGGCCCCUGAGGGCCUCUUGUGAGCUAAUGUACCGGUCCUUGUUGGGUUGGUACGCCAUGCAGUGCAACCGCCUUAAAUAUCAAAAAUGGCAGGUGCCUUCCUUCAUCAACGCAAUCUUGUUGUCAUUUGGCGUUGAGGCCCCUGCUGUGACGAAGCAAAUGGCGGCAAGGCUGCAGCUGCUGGCAGCUCCUGGGUUAACGGUGGACUAUUACGCCGCCACAAAGACAGAGUUGUUGGCUUGUUUGCCUUCAUGUGCCGGCUUUCGUUCUCGUUACCGCCAGCUGCGUUUAGAGAAGCCCCUCGAAGAGGCUGUCUAUGCAGCGUAUGAUUCCUGGGGAGGAGAGAGCUCACCCAGAACCGCAGCAGAAGCCAAAGAAGCAAAUCAAAAGGACAAGGGGAUCAUCGAUCUAGAAACAUGUAGCGAUACGGAGUGUACAGACAUCCCAGCCUUUGCAAAACAAAAGCUAUACCCCCCAAAAGUGCCUUGGGAAUUCGGUCAAAAGAGCAGUAGGCGAACAGCGCAGUAA